AUGAAUGCAUCCGGCACAGAAGCCACCACGUCUGUUAGUCAUUUCAUCCUUCUGGGCUUUCCCUCCAGUCCAGAAAUGCAGCUUGUCUACUUUGGGCUCUUCUCAGUCACAUUCACCUUGACCCUGACAGGGAAUGCAGCCAUUGCCUGUGCAGUACGGUGGGACCGGCGCCUUCACACCCCCAUGUACAUUUUCCUGGGGAAUUUCUCCCUCCUGGAAAUAUGCUAUGUCACCACAACCGUUCCUAAAAUGUUAGCCAACUUCCUGUCCUCAAGCAAAUCCAUCUCUUUUGUGAACUGUUUUGCCCAGUUCUAUUUCUUCUUCUCUUUUGGGUGUGAUGAGGGCUUCUAUCUCUGCAUCAUGGCUUUUGACAGGUACCUUGCCAUCUGCCGUCCUCUGCACUACCCACGCAUCAUGAAUAAGCAGAUGUACACCGGUCUCAUCAUCUUGGGAUGGUCAAGUGGUUUCAUCCUCUUCAUCACCCCUGUUAUUCUCAUUUCAUGUUUACCCUUCUGUGGCCCAAACAUCAUCGACCAUUUUAUGUGUGAUCCUGUUCCUUUGAUGAUGCUGUCCUGUUCUGAAGACACCAUCACUCAGCUCGUUUACUCUACUCUCAAUAUUAUAUUCAUGAUCGGCACCUUUCUCUUUGUUCUUUGUUCCUAUGCUCUAGUAAUUCUGUCUGUGCUACGGAUGCCCUCGGCAGCAGCAAGCAAACGCAAGGCUUUCUCCACUUGUGCUUCUCAUCUGACUGUGGUGUUGUUGUUUUUUGGUUCUGUUAUGGUGAUGUAUGUCAGCCCUGGAUCAAGACACCCAGUAAAAAAGCAAAAAAUCAUCACGUUGUUCUAUUCUGUGAUAACACCUCUUUGCAAUCCUCUAAUAUAUAGCCUCAGAAACAAGGAGAUGAAGACUGCUCUGAGGAAAAUCUUCAGGAUUGAAAGGGGUGCUCAUAAAACAUGA